GCGAUUAUGCUUUUAAUGGCUCCUCCUCUCUUCUCUAUCCCUUAAGCGCUCUCUCUCAAAUCUCAAUCAUCCUUCUUCUCAUCUAGAAACCCCUUAUCUUGGAGUAAUCAGAGAGUUUGAAAACACCAGAAAUCAUGGCGACAGGACCAGUUGUUCAUCCUCAACCAGUUAGAGGUGAUCCCAUCGACCUCAAAAACGCAGCAGCAAAGAAUCGUCGUGCUCUUGGCGACAUUGGAAACGUCGAUUCUCUUAUUGGAGUCGAAGGAGGAAAGCUUAACCGCCCCAUUACUCGUAACUUUCGUGCUCAGUUGCUAGAAAACGCACAAGUUGCAGCCGCCGCUAACAAAAAGGCUCCGAUUCUUGAUGGAGUUACUAAGAAACAAGAAGUUGUAAGAGCGGUUCAAAAGAAAGCAAGAGGUGAUAAGCGUGAGCCGUCAAAACCAAUCGAAGUGAUUGUGAUAAGUCCUGAUACAAACGAGGUUGCUAAAGCUAAAGAGAACAAGAAGAAAGUGACAUACUCUUCGGUUCUUGAUGCUCGAAGCAAGGCUGCUUCUAAGACUUUGGAUAUUGAUUAUGUCGACAAAGAAAAUGAUCUUGCUGCUGUGGAAUACGUUGAGGAUAUGUACAUUUUCUACAAAGAAGUUGUGAAUGAGAGCAAACCUCAGAUGUAUAUGCAUACACAACCUGAGAUUGAUGAGAAGAUGAGAUCAAUCCUUAUUGAUUGGCUUGUAGAAGUUCAUGUCAAGUUUGAUCUCUCCCCUGAGACUCUUUACCUCACUGUCAACAUAAUUGAUCGUUUUCUUUCUCUGAAGACUGUGCCUAGAAGAGAACUACAGCUUGUAGGUGUUAGUGCUUUGCUUAUAGCUUCGAAGUACGAAGAAAUCUGGCCUCCUCAGGUCAAUGAUUUGGUAUAUGUGACUGAUAACUCCUACAACAGCAGACAGAUUCUAGUGAUGGAGAAAACCAUUUUGGGGAAUCUUGAAUGGUACUUGACAGUUCCAACACAGUAUGUGUUCCUUGUGAGGUUUAUUAAAGCCUCGGGUUCUGACCAGAAACUGGAGAACUUGGUUCACUUUCUAGCUGAGUUGGGUUUGAUGCAUCACGACAGUUUAAUGUUCUGUCCUUCCAUGCUUGCUGCAUCAGCGGUCUACACAGCAAGGUGUUGCUUGAACAAGACUCCUACUUGGACUGAUACACUGAAAUUCCACACAGGCUACUCCGAAUCUCAGCUCAUGUUAGUCUUCUUAAUUCUUUACACUAGCAAGUUUGUGAUCAUAUUGUUUGUAUAUUAAUUCUCUAUGUGCGUUUCUGUGUGUAAUCAGGGAUUGCUCAAAGCUUUUAGCUUUCAUUCACUCGAAAGCGGGGGAGAGCAAGCUACGUGGUGUGUUGAAGAAGUAUUCGAAACUUGGAAGAGGUGCUGUUGCUCUGAUUUCACCAGCCAAGUCUCUUAUGUCAUCUGCUCCAUGAACAAGGCUUGAAAGAUGGCUCUCUUGCAAACUCUGCAUUUUAGAUUCUCUAUCUUUUAUCGUUUUAUAUGUAAAGGUAUUGGUUCUUGUUGAGAAAUGAUGUUUCCGUAUGAAUUCAAAAGUAUUAUAAUGAAAUUCUUCUUCUCUUCUAUAAUCAGAAUCGUUUUGGUCCUUUUUCCCAUCAUAUUCU